AUGAAAAAACAAGAGGAUGAUUUUAUUAAGAGAAUGAAAUUAUAUGAAAAUAAAUUCAUUUUUUUAACAGAACAAUGCAAAGUAGUAAUAAAAGAAACAGAUUCCUAAUUCGAAUAAUAAAUUAAUUUUCCAAAUCCAGUAUAUGAUGCAAUAUGUUAUAAUGAUUUGCUAAUAACAUCAAUAAGAAAUAUGCCUGUAAUGAUAUAGAAAUAAAAUAAGAUAGAUUGUUAUUUAUCAGAAAGAAGAUGGAGAAUGGAAACAAUAAAUGAGAUUACAUGAUAUCAAACCCAAUUCUGAAUUAUUUUUAGCUCCAUUAGAUCUGAAGAGACUAACUGUAAGAAUUAUCAUUAUAAUAAUUUAGGAAAGUAACAAUGUAAUUGGAUGUGGAAAAGGGUUCUUGCAUGAAUAUGAUUUAUAGAAAUUUUCGAUCAUAAAUUACAAAUGCAUUAAAAAUUAUGAAUAUAUUUCAUGUUUAGAUAGUUGUGAAUAAAAUGAAAAUUAUGGGAUAGCAAAAAAUAUUUUAUUAUUGGGUUAAUUCAAUAAAAUUAUUAAAAUUGUUGAUACUUUAUAAGAUAAACAAAUUGGUGAAGCAAAAGUUCACAUCGGAGGAAUAACCCAUUUGAAAUUUGAUAAGUUGGAUUCAUUAUAUUUUUAUUCUUGUGCUAGAUUUGAUGAUUACAUUUACUAAUGGGUAUUUUACACUAAUAAAUUAAGGAUUUGAGAAAUACGAGUACAUUUUUAUAAUAUUUUGAGAGAAAAAAUCAGACAAAUUAAAGAAUGAAUUUUGAUAUAAAUCAUAAAAGAGAAUUGUUAGUGGGGAAUGAUGAUGGAACUGCUUAUGUUUAUAAAAAUGAUUUGAAAAAAGUUGAAUUUUUAAUUUCAAAUUCAUGUGUCCAUUCUAGUAUCAUUUAGGAUGACGGGAAAUGUUAUGUUAGUUUUGGAUAAAGAAAUUUUGAUGAGAGCAAAACUUUUCAAACAGGGAUAUAAAACUUCACAAUCAACUAAUGA